CCUGUUUUUGAGUGAUCAGGAAAACUGUGAAGUUCUACUCAGACCCCAUAAAGGCUGGCUUGGGCGUUGUGUCCAUUUCCCUGCAAAAAUCCCUCAACAGACAUCCCUGCAGGCACCUUGAGCCUGGAGAUGAUCUCCUGGGGGAGUGCCUGGGUGACUGAGCUGAGCUGAGCUGAGCUGAGCUGAGCUGAGCUGAGCUGAGCUGCCCAAAGAAGUGGCUGUACUACAAUCCAGGACACACCAGCCUGGGGAUUGACAAAUCCCUGUGGGAAAUAGACUUGCAUUAAAGCUGCAUGAGAUGUUCCUUUGAAGUCAAAACCAUCACCUCCAGGCAUCACUGAAAGAGGAAACACUCCAGGGGAUUAAUGGCAAAUGGAUUUUCUGAGCUACCACGCCAACAUGGGCUCAGGACUCUCCAGGACCAUAAAAGGAUUUCCAGGAGGAGGUGGAGCCAUGCAAAUUAUUGCUAGGACCAGCAGAGAUCCAAUUGUCCCACACUGGUCCAUGUGGCCUCUCCACUCCAUGGCCCUCCUGGCACAGACCCUGGCACUGCUGGCAAUGACUGUGGCCACUGUAGCCAUCAAGGUGGUGCCCCUGGACAUGGCCCAGGACUCCUUCGAUGACCAGUACCGGGGCUGCGGCCCUGCCAUGACCGCGGCGUUGCCGGCCCUCAACCACUCCGAGUUCGAGCAGAACCCUCUCUUUGCCCAGGCCUGGGAGAAGGCCACAGCUGAGUGGCAGAGUCGGGGGUCCCCUGUGUCCCCUCUGUCAUCCCCAGCCCAGGCCAUCGCCCUCAUGGCCUACACGAUGGAGGACGUGUACAAGAAGUUCAAUGAUGCCGUGCGCGUGGCCGGGUCCUCCAGCCAGGAAUACCGGGACAACUUCCACUUCAAAACGCUGCAUUUCCUGCUGACUGAUGCCCUGGCCACACUGAGGGACACUCGGGAACCGCAGUGUCACAACGUGUACUGGGGUGUGCGCGGGGUCCGGUUCAAGGCUGAGCAAGGUGACAUCGUCCGGUUCGGUCAAUUCACAUCGGUGUCACUGAAUGGAACAACUGCCAAUGACUUUGGGAUAGACACGGUGUUCCAUGUGCACACGUGCCAUGGGGUGGGAAUCUGGGAAUUCUCCAACUAUCCUGGCAAGAAGGAGGUGCUGAUCUCACCCUUUGAGACCUUUGAGGUCAUUGGAGUCAGCCAGGAAGGAGACAGGGCGAGGAUCCAGCUCCUCUCCACCGGGAUCUUCAGCAACUACAACUGCGAGUGGCUGCGAGGUGGCAGUGUCCCCAGGGCUCCCUUCCACCUCAGUGGACUCCUCCUGGCCACCACAGCCCUGGCAGUGGCCACUGGGAUCCUCUGAGCCACGAGACCACCACAGCCUCCAAAGUCACUCUGGUCACUCUGGCAACCAUGGCCACCAUGGCACCAAGGUCACUGUGGCCACCAAGAUCACCAAGACCACCAUGACCCCCAGAGAAACGAGGCCACAAGGGCUACGAAGACCACCACUGCCACUAUGGCCACUUUGGCAGCUAUAGCCAACAUGAGGUCACUGUGGCCACCAGUGUCACUGUGGCACUGCAGCCACCACAGCCACUCUGGCCAUCAUAUUUUGUUUUAGGGGGGUUGGCUGUUGUGUCUAAUCCUUCUCCUUAUUAAGGGGUGUUAGUGUUGGUUGUAGCGGCUGUUGCAGGGUGCGGUUGAUUAGUGUGUUUGAGGUUUUCUUUUGUAUCUUUGGUGCUUAUUAUAGUUUAUUUAGGGGGA